AAAGCAAGACUUAUUUCGCUACUGUUCGUGGAUGAGGUUCGUGACGGUUUCAUUGCGCUGCCAGUCGAUGCCAUUACUGCCCUGAAGGCUAUGAUAAUCGAUGUGGCUCUUGUGUUGCUUGUUAUGAGCUUGGUAUACUAUGUAAUACUGUUCCUUCUCUAUCAGUUUGCGUUGUACAGCGUCACCGUUGGCUACCGCCUGUGUCAACAGACGGCACCUGAGGAACUGAAGAAGAUGCUUGGAGCGGCGUUCAACGCCCGAUACAUGAGCAUCCAGCAACCGGCGGAUAUUAGUAUGUUCAAGCCGGUGUUUGGCGACGUCGACUUCGAUUCUGCAGACGGCGAGGGCAGGCUUUUCUCGGACGGCGUUCUAUCGACUAACGCCGCAGAUGUCCCGUUCUCUGUCGAUCCGAAUUAUCGUCAGGUAUUACCCCAUGACGUGAACAGCAACGAGCUGUUAGACUUUGCUGUUACGUACUCCGCGCAGAAGAACGCCUCACGGAGGAAAGCAGCGAAUUCCAAAGACCGCAAUCAACGCAGAAGAAGACAUAAGCCCGUAAAUCAGCGGGUCCGUCGCUCCGCAUCUCCGACCUCCCUGCCGUGGUCAUGUGAGACGACGGUACAGUGGAUGGACUUGGGCGCGGACCACUUUCCUCGUUACCUCAGAAGUGUGCGCUGUACUUCUGAUCGCUGCUUUUACGGACAUUAUCGUUGCCAACCGAAGGCGUUUACCGUCAAGGUGCUGAAGCGUCUUAUGGACAAAUGCAUCGAAAUCACUCCAGAACUCGUUCGAAAAUUCAUGCCCGCAACUGCUGCAGAAAUUCAAAAUGGAAUGUCGCCAUCGUCUGUGUGCAACGACCCGGCGACAAACAAUGCGAUGCAUGAACGAGAUAUGGCUUGCUCGAAAUGGCCUACCAUUCAUGGAAGAGUACCUACCAUUUAA